AUGCUCCGCAUUGGCGUAGAUGUCGGGGGAACCAACACGGACGGCGUCCUUAUCGAUGUCACCCGGCUCCAUGAACCAGGCCGAGGCGUUCUCUCGCAUUACAAGGCUCCCACCACCUCCGACGUCUCCAAGGGCAUCGAAAACGCCGUCCGCGAGGUUCUCAAGCUAGCCUCCGUCUCUCCCUCGGAGGUCGCCUCCGUCAGCAUCGGCACAACUGCAUUCAUCAACGCCGUUCUUGAGGCCGAUGCUCGCCGGCUCUCCAAGGUCGCCGUCAUCCGUCUCUGCGGUCCCUACACGCGUCAAUGCCCUCCAUUCAUCGACUUCCCGAAGCCUCUGCGGGUUCUCACAGAAGGGCACGUUGGAUAUAUUGAUGGUGGCUUCGAAAUUGACGGCAAGGAGAUCCGCGCUCCCCAAGAAGCACAGGUGGUUGAGCAAUGCGCUAUCAUCAAGCAAAAAGGUCUCAAGAAUGUCGUUUUGACCGGCAUAUACUCUACCCUCGACAACGAAGACAAACACGAAGGGCGCGUGCGCGACAUCAUUGUCCGCGAACUCGGUCCCUCGGUGAACGUUGUCUGCUCCAAAGAAGUCGGCCAAGUCGGCCUGCUCGAGCGCGAGAACGCUUCCAUCCUCAACGCCUCCAUCCUCACAUUCGCUCAACGCACCAUCCGCGGCUUCCAGAAUGCGAUGCGCACCCUCGAACUCACUUGUCCCCUCUUCCUCACACAAAACGACGGCACCCUCACCACCGCCGCUUCCGCCGCCCGCCUCCCCAUCCGCACAUUCGCAUCGGGGCCCACUAACUCCAUGCGCGGCGCUGCCUUUCUUGCCGGCCUCGACGACCGCACACGCGGCUCAUCGGAAGUCGAGAAGGGCAAGUCGACCAUCGUCGUUGACGUCGGUGGGACGACCUCCGACGUCGGCGUGUUGCUCCCUUCCGGGUUCCCGCGCCAAGCAGCCUCUUACAUCGAGGUGGGCGGGGUGCGGACGAACUUCGCGAUGGCGGACGUGCAGUCGAUAGCACUGGGCGGCGGCUCGGUCGUUCACGCCGCGGAGGACGGGAAGGUCUCUGUAGGCCCCGAGUCGGUCGGAUAUAACCUCACCCGCGACGCUCGGGUGUUUGGAGGCAAGGUGCUCACCACUACCGAUCUCAUCGUGGCUAGCGGACGCGCGGAACUGGGGGACAAGUCUCUCGUAGGCGAUGUCGGCGCGGACACCAUCGAGCGGGGUAUGCAGCGUAUCAAGAAGCUCCUUGAGGGUAUUAUUGACAAGAUGAAGACCUCUCCCGAAGACAUCACGGUCCUCCUCGUCGGAGGUGGCAGUAUCAUCUCCCCUGACGAACUCGCUGGCGUCAGCCAGAUCAUCCGACCUCCCUUCUUCGGCGUCGCUAACGCCGUCGGUGCCGCUAUGGCGAAAGUUGCUGGCGAGGUUGACACCAUUGAGAUUCUCGCCGGUCGUGACAUCCACACUGUGAUCGAGGGGAUCAAAGCUCGGGCCAUCCAGAAGGCCGUUGCAGCGGGCGCGGACCCCGCCUCGACGCGCAUCGUGGAGCUUGCGAACAUCCCGGUCCAGUACGUUGUCAACCAAGCGACGCGAAUCAUGGUCAAGGCCGCCGGCGAUCUCGCCCCUCAAGCGGUUGCCUCUGUCGACGCCGAGAAUGAAGCACUGGUCGAUGAGCCAGAAGUCGUCGAAGCCGAGAAGGCAUUGACCAACGAAGCGGAAGCGGCGGAAGGGAGUGGGUUGGGAGCUGAGGUUGUCGAUAUCGACAACUACAAGCCUGUCAUCUUGCCGAACAGGCAGUGGGCUCUCUCGGAGAUCGAUUUGGAGUGGAUCGCGGAGGGUUGUGCCAUCCUUGGAACGGGUGGAGGGGGCUCGUCUUACCCACCUUUUUUGAUGGCCAGACAGGCCCUUCGCGACGGCAAGCAGCUCAUCGUCGUCGACCCUGAGGAUGUUCAGGAAGACGAGCUGUUUAUUCGCUGCGGCUUUAUGGGGUCCCCUUCCGUUUCUCUGGAGCGGAUCCAGGGAGGCGACGAGAUUCCCGGCGCCGCUCGCGCGCUCGUGAAGUUCAUGGGAGUGCCAGAUUACAUGGGCUUCAUCUCCAAUGAGAUCGGGGGUGGGAACGGCGUUCAGCCCUUCCUCGUUGCCGCCGAGACGGGCAAGUUUGUUCUUGACUGUGAUCUUAUGGGUCGCGCGUAUCCCAGGAUGUACCAGAAGUUGCCGGGUGUCUACGGGCUUCCCAACAGCCUUUGGCCGUGUGCUAUAUCUGACGGCAUCGGAAGCACCAUUGCAAGUGUCUUGCCAUCGGCCCGGAACAUGUUUGAGGUCGAGACCAUACUGCGCGCAGCGACGACGGAGAUGGGCUCGAAGUCGGGUGUUGCCGGCGCGCCUCUCCCCCGCAAGACUCUCCAUGCGUACGGCGUCCCACACAGCGUCUCUCAGGCGUGGCGCAUCGGUCGCGCGGUCGCACGCUGCCGGCGCAACAACGACCUCCAAGGCAUCCCCCGCGCCAUCCUCGAGCUCCAGAACGGCGCGUGCUUGUUCAUAGGAAAGGUCGUCGACGUGCAGCGCGAGGUUCGCAAGGGUUUCACGUGGGGAGAGGUGACCAUCGCGCCCCUUCUGGAGGACGAGGAAGAGGAGGGGAAUGCGCCGAAAGCGAGCAUCCCCGCGGGCCCUGAGGAUAGGCUUGUCAUCCCCUUCCAGAACGAGAACAUCUACGCUUAUAUCAAGUCGCCGUCGGGGGAGAAGAAGAUCUACACGACCGUGCCGGAUCUCAUCACCGUGCUCGAUUCGCAGAACGGCGCGGCGCUGGGUACUCCCGAGUACCGGUACGGUUUGCGCGUCACCGUCAUGGCACUUGCAGGCCACCCGCUCUGGACCACGAAGGAGGGUCUCUUCGCGGGCGGACCCGAGGCGUUUGGUCUUGGUGAUAUGCCCUUCACAGCGAUCGCGUCUUACAAGGACCCCGUCAGCGUGAUCAAGGAGUACGGUCCCGUAUGA